UCACGCGAGGAAACGGCAGUGGGUCGGACCGGGCUCUUCCGGCAUCCCACUUCCGGCGUCGUUCCCCGGCGUGCGGAUCGGGGCCCGGACGCGCGGCUGGCGCCAUGUUCCUGACCGCGCUCCUGUGCCGCGGCCGCAUCCCCGGCCGGCAGUGGAUCGGGAAGCACCGGCGGCCGCGGACCGUGUCGGCACUGGCGAAGCAGAACAUGAUCCGUCGCCUGGAGAUAGAAGCGGAGAACCACUACUGGCUGAGCCGGCCCUUCCUCACGGCCGAGCAGGAGCGCGGCCACGCGGCGGCCCGCAGGGCGGCCGCCUUCGAGGCGCUCAAGGCGGCGCAGGCCGCCAAGUUCCCCGCGCACCGUCGGCUGGAGGACCAACUCGACCACCUCAACGUCACCAGGAGGUGGUCCUGACCGUGAGCCCCGCUGGCCCCCGGCCCCGCACGCUCCACUGCCUGCAGUCGGGUCUCGUUCGUCCCUGAGGGACGGUGGGGGCAUGGCCUGCGUCACAAGCGACACAAACGUCAUUUUUACGAAGUCGCAAUAAAGCUACCAACUGUG